GUUUAAUCUGCACUCGUGCACAGAAAAUGAACAGUAAGGUUGACGCCAAGGCCACGAACAAAGAAAAGCUCCUGAAACAUCAGCAGCACUUGCAGAGACAAAGAGACGCCAUCGCCUACAGGAUGAAGAAACUGGCAGCUAAGCAGGUGGAGAUGACAAAAAAGACGGAGGCGGUGAAGGAGAAAAUCAGGAUCAAGUAUGAGAACAUGAAGCGGGUGCUGGAUGAGGACCUUCGGAUCACGCUGACCCAGCUGGACGCGGAACAGGAGGCCGCGGAGAGGCUGGUGGAGGAGAAGAUAGAGGACUGCUACCACCUCACCCAGGAGCUGGACCAGGAGCUGGCCAACAUCGGUGCCGGGGUGAAAACGCAAGAAAGUGACAUUCAGAAUGCAGAAACAGAAAAGAGAAUAUCCGAAGCGCUGAAGCUGACCGACCCCGACCUGAUUCACCCCGACGAGUUCAAGAACGAACAACUGCUGGGUCUCGCCAUCAAUCUGCUGCUGUUCAUCAGAUCCCAGGUCCCCGUCACCAAGAAGCUGUUUCAGAGCUAUGCUGCAGAAGUCGUGCUUGACGCCAACACUGCCCAUCCCAAGCUGAUCGUCUCUCCCAAAGGCGACACAGCGACCUACACGGAAACCUGGCAGGACGUCCCAGAGAUCCCCUCUCGCUUCGACAGCACCCUGAACGUGAUCAGCCGGGAAGGCUUCAGCGAGGGCCGCCACUACUGGGAGGUGGAGGUGAGCGGGAAGACCUACUGGGAGCUGGGCCUCACCUACCCCAGCAUCCCACGCCACGGCCGCGAGGAGGAGAGCUGGCUGGGCCGAGGCAAGGAGUCGUGGUGUGUGGAAUACUUCAAUGGAGACUACACCGCUUGGCACAACGGCGUUCAGCAGGAGCUGCCUCUGCUGUCGGGGAAGCAGUUCACCCGUAUCGGGGUGUACUGCAGCUUCCCCGGGGGUCUGGUGUGCUUCCUGGGAGCCGACACCAUGACGCCCCUCCACUGCUUCUGUGCUGGGACCUUCACUGGCAUCCUGCACCAAGCUUUGUGUCCCGGGCAUGACAAUGAAGGCACAAACUGGAAGUCCCUUAAAAUCUGCGACGCUUCCCGCUCGGCUCCUGUUCUCUGAGGUGGGGAAGGAAGCAAUGUGUUUGAAUGAGGGGGGGGAGGCAUCAGCUGCCUCAUCUGACAUUCUUAACUCCUGACACUGCCUCGGCUCUGGAUACUGUGCGUGUCAGGCAUGUCUAAAUGUGCCUAAGGGAAAUUUUAAAGUGUCUCUAUUUUAGAUUCACAGAUCGUGCAGUUCAGUUGCAGGCCUUCCUUUAUAGUGGAGACGCCGAACUUAACACGCAGCCAUUCAAAACAUAGCGAAGUGGUUAUUUUUAAAUUCUGAGUGUCGUGAUUCAGCAAAAAUAUAGACAUGAAAAACUGCAAAAACAGAUGGAAGAAUAGCACCAGAGAAAAUUCUAGUUUCUCAACACUGAAUUACUUAGUCGUCCUCAGAUGUAUUCAUACCCUCCCAUUAAAGAAGGAAACAAACAGGUGUCACUGAAAUAAGUUG